AUGAAGGCAGGGAUGGCUAGCAGCGCUAGCAGAGAUGGAGGUUAUGCAACGGGAGGGAAGGAAGGGUCCACGGUGUCCGCGUGUGACUCCUGGACUAUCGACCAGCUCGUGGCAGCUGUGCCGGUGCGGCCCUACAUCUUCUCAGAGCCGCCGCGGAGCGUCUCAGCAGGUGGCCGAUAUGGUGCUGUGGAAUACCGCGGGUCCGUGCCAAAGCUGUACAUGCCGGGCAACGCCAGGUUUUCCGUCUUCAAGGGCAUAUUUACCGACAACGAAGUUGCACAGCUACUCUCAGGCUGCAGCCAAGUGCUCAGCGAGGAGAUUCGAAAUGGGAGAGGGAGAGACCCUGACCCAGUGGAUGGACAUCCAAGCUUCGCCGUGAAGCUUGCCGACAUGGGUUUGUUUUCAGAGACGAUGUCGAUGUCGUCGACAUCGUCCUCAGCACUGCGGCCACUGGUUGAAACUGUUUUGCUGCCUUUGGUCAGGCAGCACUAUGGUUCUCCCACGGCUGCGCUGUCGUCGGCUUUUUUUCGACGUUUUGUGCCAGAGGAACGUCGGUUUAUAGCUCCACACCAUGAACAUGGUGCUUUUGCUGUGGUCGUGGUCUCCCUGCAGGAGCCUGCAACAAGUACUGGAGGUUUGUUUGUGCAAGGUUCUGAGAAGGCAUUUCUGGACAGAAGAUUUGUACAACUUGAGCGAGGGGACCUGUGCAUGUUUCAACACGACCUUCAUCAUGGCACGGAUGUGCAAGAUGGAUUUCGCUACGAAUUGGUCCUGCACUUCAAAGACUCCGCAGAAGCUGCGCUGGAUGGCACCUGUCCCUGGUACAGGACCUACGUCGACGACAACAAUACUUCGGCAUUUUAUGGUUUGGCCUUGUCUCUGGCUUCUGGCAAAGAUUUCCGACGUGCUAAAGCUUUCUUGGACAAGGCAUGUGAUGGUGACCACCCAGAAGCAAUGUUUACCGCAGCAGAGUGGUUCUGGGAGCCUCCUGCGGGAUCUGGCUUGCAGGAGUCGACCAGUGCAGCGUUGUCCUUGUGGCAGAGAGCUGCCGAGCUUGGUCACGGUCGGUCACAAAGCCGCUACGGUGGCUUUCUGGUGCAAGGUGUACAUGGUCGUGUCCAACAGGAUGUUGUCGAGGGCAAGCGGCUGUUGCGUCUUGCUUUUGAGCAAGAUGAACCUGAUGCAGGGUUUUUCCUGGGCCAAAGGUUGUUGCAGGAAGGCGACCGAGACGGUGCAACCAAACUGCUUGCAGCAUGCCUGAAAGGGCAUCCGAGAGCGUGCUUCCAGGUGGCAGAGAUGUACAGGGAAGGGCAGCACAAGUUCCCCAAGGAUCUGCAGCAAUCGCUUCGCUACACGAAAUGGGCAGCGCAUCAAGGAGACGCGCAGGCUUUAAGCAAUCUGGGACACCUGCUGGUGAAUGGCAUGGGAGUGGUGAAGGACGAAGCGAAAGCUGUUCGAUUGUUUCGGCAUGCGGCACAGCGAGGUGCUGCCGAGGGUAUGCUGAACUAUGGCCUGGCCCUCCUGCGCGGCAGUGGUGGUGUCAAGGCAGACUACCAAGAAGCUUUGAAGUGGGCACAGAAGUCUGCCGCGAUGGGGCACAGCCUGGCACAUCAGCAGCUCUCGAUGUUUUUCAACGCAGCGAAGAAUCCUAAUCCGCCAGCUCGGUGCGUGCCGUCUUCCAUGGAGGAACUGCGGACUCUCGGAGUAAGAGACCUUCGUGAUCUCCUCCGUUCAGAAGGUAUCGACUUCUCUGAUUGCGUUGAAAAAUCGGACCUCGUUUCUCGAGCAGCUUUACAUUUGCCAGGUGUGGCCGAGCCUUGGGAUUCAGCUCCUGAGCACAUGCUACUGCUGGAGCCGAAGCGCCCGACGAAGGAAGAAAUCCUGAGGCAGAGGGCGCAAGCAGCAACCACACCGCCAGGUUCGACAAAGCAGGUUGGCACCACUGAGGAGAAGGUAGAUUCACCUGGUCGAUCACGAGUAUCUGGGCGCACAGAGGCUGUUUUCGAGCUCGUGGACUCUCUGGUCAAGAACUCCCUGGAGCAGCGCAUUGCAAGCAGUGACGCGGCGCGCGAGCUGGAGUUGCGGGUGCUUUCCGAGCAGGAGCUGAGACUGAAGGAGGGAGCAUCCUGGAAUCAGCGCCUUGCUGCACUGCAGCGCGAACGCGAUCAUCUCCAGGCCCAACUCACCAACGACACUGCGCAGCUGGGCGCGCAGCUGGAGGAUGCAAGCCGAAGGAGGGCCGAGGAGACAUCGCAGUUGGAGGCACAAAUCUGCCAGCUGCAGACGAGCUUGGUGAGCUCGGAAUCGAGACUCUCGGAGGAGCGGAGCCAACAUGGAGAGACGAUUGCCAAUCUGAAAGGUCAGCUGGCCGAUCUGCCGGAUAGUACAGCGAUGGAAAACGAAGAGUCUGACAGUGAGCACUGGGACGGCUCCGAGCAGCACUGGUGGCACCGCCUGCUGUACAUUGACUGGCAAGGAAGUUUCGCUGACGUUCCAACGACGUUGGAGGCACUUUCAUCCCUGCACAGUGCAGAGCAAGAAGCAGAGCAAGUUGGUCUUUCCGGCCUACUGCGGGACUCAAGGAGACAAAGGUCCCUGGCUCCUGGGCAAUCUUUGACUCAUGCUGACCUUUUGCACCUUUACCACCUUCAUGGGCAAAGUCAUCAAGCAGACAAGGCAGCUUGUGUUCUCAAGCUUGCCCUUGCUCUGAUGAUGUUUGGACAAACAGCCUCAGAUUGCGAAGAUAUUGUUCACGGGGCGAUGGACCUUUUGGAUGAAAUCUUCUUUCAAAGAGAGCCUUACGGGCCGCUUGUCCACUUUCUGGCAUUUUAUGCUCUUUGCGUAAUGGCAUCUCUGGCCGCGUUUAUGGGUACAUACAGAGAUGCAUUGGCAGUAGCAGUUAUUACCCCUUUCGCCAUCUGUGUGCAAAUCCUGUCAAGACGAACAAGUGCUGCUCUAGAGGCUUUUCUCGUUGCGCUGACAAUUGGACUAUUAACACCACUCUUGCUGCGCCACAUGGAGAUCCCGACCUGCGAUGUUCCCGUCCUUUAUUUGUCGCCUCUGCUCAUUUACCUGCCCGGAUCACAACUGACUUACGGGGCAUACGAGGUGCAAUUCAGCAACAUCAUAAAUGGAGCGAGCCAGCUGGCAGCUUGCAUCGUUCGGUGUAUGUUUUUGGCCAUUGCACUUCUAGUUGGUUGGCAGUUCUUUGGCCAUGAGGCAAAUCAAGCAAAAGCCGGCCAAGCCCCAAUUUCGGUGGCAGCUGCAUCGCUGGUGCCUGCAGACAUGUCUUGCCAGUUUCCAUACUCUUGGGAGAUGGUGUUUCUAGGAUGGAAUAUUCCUUUGCUGUUCCUAUCCUUCAUAGGACUGAAUAUUCCAAUCUCGCAGAUGUUGCUUCCCGGAUUGGCCGCUUACAUCAGCCUGCUGCUCUACAUGGCACUCCAAGAGCUACCUCAGCUCAAGGGGCUACCCGCCAGAAUAAUUGACUGUCUCGUUCUCUUCGUGGCAGCCAACUUAUCUCUCUUACGGGAGUACCUGACCGCCGCUCCUGCUGUUCUGACGAUAGUUCCAGUCACGCUCAUCUUGGCCCCGGGGUCACAUGUUGUGCUUUCAAUUCUGACAUCGGUGCAGGCCUCGGAGCGGGUGCCAGAGGUUGUUGUUGAGCCAAUACUUGGCUUGGUUCUGCAAGGCACUGCUUAUGCAAGUGGCCUAACAUUGGCAACUCAAUUAUGGUCUGCUGCAACGCUGAGUGCUGUACGCCUGCAGAUGCAGGAGGUAGGCCAUGCGAGGGAUCUGCUGGCUGCAGAAGUGGCGGAGACGAGGCUGUCUCUGCAGUCCGAGCAGCAUCGCGCGGAGGCCCAAAGGUCCGAAGCCGCUGCGUUGUUGCAGCAGGUUGAGACAAGGAACACGGCGCUACAAGACCAAGUCAAUGAUCUGCAAACUGCCGUCAACCAGCUGUCCAAAGAGGCUUCACGUGAGCGUGAGGUGCUUGAGGCAGACAGGCAACGCUUGCAGGAGAUGCUGGUGAAAGAGGCUCAGCAGGCCAAGGAGAGCCAGGAGCAAUACGACCGAUGGAGAGAGUCGCAUGUCGAGUCUCUGCGCCGAGUGCAAGACGAAACCUCUGCCAAGAUGCUGGCCUUGGAGAGGGAGAAGGACGGCGUUCAGUCAGAGCUCAAAGAAGCGAUCCGAUCCCUCAACACCAAGCAGGCCCAGCUUGAAGCGACCGACAAGGACUUGCAGCGCUUGAGGUCGGAAGCACAAGAAGCUGCAGCUGUAAUGGAAGCCAAGCAGCAACUAUCCAAGGAAUUGAACGAGGUGACGGAGGCCCUUGAGGGUGCUUUGCGCACGGAGGCGACGCUGACCGGCAAAAUUGAGGAUGCUGCGCAGCGACAUCAACAGGAGAAGCGCGAUCUGGAGCUUCAGGUGCUGGACAAAGAUUCCCGGCUUCAGAAAUUCAAGCUGGACUUCGAGACGCAGCUUCGCAUCUCACAAAGUCGACUCGCCGGUGAGCUCAACAAAGAGAAGGCUAAGGCGGACUUAGCCGCCGCCUCAUUGCCUUGGUCCUGCGCGCUUCUGUGUCGAGUGUCCUGCAGCUAG